GACUACAGUCAGGUCCUUGCAGUACCUAAAUUCUACACCGCUAAAUUCUCUGAGACACAUAGGCAGAAGAUUCAUUACUCACUUGAAUUCCUUGUGGAUAAUCCCACUCCCACACCAUUUUAUGAUCUUGCCAAUAUCAACAAUCCUGGUACUUCUAAGAAAGUGAAUAAUUCUUUAAUAAAAGCGUUACUGAUUUGCUAAGAUAAAAAUUUCACAUGGUAGAGAGACAUGGAAGACAGGUUUAUUGUGCUGGACAACCACAAAAGUAGGUCAGAUACAUGCUUUCUGGAGAUUCUUGAUGGCUGUCACGGUGUCACAGCUACAGAAACAAUUGUAGCAAAGCUUCCACUUUUAUUUCUUGAACAGCUUUCUCACAUAGAUUCCUCCCACAAAAAUAAAAACGACAAAGAGCAAAUUCUAGAAUUUUUUGCCAGACUAAUCAAGGCAGAUUACAGGGAAAAAGAGAAACCAGGCAAUGAGGAGAUCAACAAGACCACUAUUAUGAAAGUGUAUGCCAAGUCCUUUUGGAGAAUCAGAUUUUUACAGCUGGGAAGGAAUGAGGUUUCCAAAGUUCACUGGAGUGGCUGUUCAGGGGGAAAAAGAAUUCCUAGCAAAGAGAUGGAUGGUACUGGGGAAGAAGAAAGAAAACAUUGUGCAAACAACACAUUAGCCAGGACAGCCAAAGGUGUUGCUGGGCUAAUGCAUGUUGCUAUUAUAGGUAAGUAUAUUCGACACCAGAAUUAA